UUUCCCAGUCGUAAACGGAACGUGUUGGAAUACAGACGUCGUCUUAGUAUUGAUUAAAAACAGCGGCACAAGAAAAAGUUUCCUUAGCAAAAAAAUAAGAAAAAAACAACGUUUCAAGCGAAUCACAAAAUAUUGAAGUAAAAACAAAAAAUACAAUAAAAAAUUGUUUAAUUAAAAGCAGAAAAUAAAAUCCAAAGAAGUUAUCUUUACAAACAAAACGGGAAAGAAGAAGAGAGCAAGUGACAUAGGAAAAAAUCAAAACAAUUCAAAUUCAAGGAAAAUCAUCCUAUGUGAAUAAAAUUUAAAAUUCCAUAACGAUCAAUCGAUCGAUUGCGACCGAUGGACGGACACAAAAACAACAAAGAAUAAUAAAUCUCAUGAAGUGUAGCAGAGAGAGUGAGCAAUUUUCAAGAUUCAGUAUUCCGGGCAAGAUGUCAAUUGUUGGCGUUGUUCCUUUUCGGUGGAAUUUCUAUUAGAUUAAUUCAAUUGAUAUAUUGAUGGGUCAAAUGUCAACUUGUUGUAGCAGCACGUAGAACAAAUGACUGACUGGUAGACGAUUGAAGACGACUGUUGGCUUGCGGUGCUUGUUAUAUACGCGAACAUGGUAGUCGUUGGCGGUGUGACAUUCCCAUUGAGUUUUGAAUAUCGAAGUAUGGAUACCUCGUUCCAGAGCCAAUUGAAUGACAUUGUAAUAUCGCAUUGAGCAUCAAUCGUAGCCUGGAAAGUAUUAGGUUUCCAAGUCUCUAAAAAUCGGGGAUUCCAGUUUUUUUGGAACAUCCUAAAUCUCAUGUUGUGUAUAACACUUCAAAAAAACCCCAAAUCUAUAGAAUAAAACCACCAUUAUUUUGAAAAACAAAAUUAAAAAACAAAACUUUAACAACACAAAAAACAAAACAAAAAAGUAAAGAAAACAAAAAACAAAUCUCAACUCAAGUGAAUUUUAUUGGUGAAAUUUGUGAGAAUUCAUGCCGUCUGGCCUGCAAAGUUGGUGAUAAUUUUGAUGAAUGUCUUAAAAGUCGUCCGUCGUCGUCGAAUUGAUAACAAGUAAGAGGUUGCUGCGGCAUUUCGAUUCGUAGCCCUCUCGGUUUGCUUAAAGUCGUAGUCGCCUUGCCGCUGAUGACCAUAGCCGCUAUUGACUGCAGUUGCCGCCGUCUUUGCCUACGCUACCACCUCCUCCAUCCAUCCAUCCUCAUCCUCAGAGUUUUCUGGUGAUAGUAGUGUAAAUUUUUGUUAGUGUUAUUUUUUGUGUGAUGUUUCAAAGAUUUUCCCUAUGGGAAAACCUAACAAACAUCUGUGCCUUCGAAAGAAAAUCGUAUGUAAUUGAGUUGACUAAUUUCAUUUGAAUACAAUAAAAAAACCAACAGGAAAAAGGCACAUCUUAACUACGAAUCGAUGUGAAAACCGCCUGGCAUUUGUGUGCAUGGAUUUAUUUGAAAUGUGACAACAAACCCACAAAGAAGGAAAAAAAUCCCCAGAAUUAUCGCAAGGAAAGCAAAUUCCAAUAGUUUCAAACUAGAAAUAAAUGCUCAUAAAAGUAUUAAAAAAAGAACAAAAUUAAGAAAAUAUCUAUGAUUGAGUGAAAAUGCACUUCCCCGUGUUGUUAAAUUAAACAGAUCCUUUUUUCGAGUGUAUUCAACAAGUGAAGUAUAAUUAUCCCAAAUCUUUGCAAAAAUUUAAAACCUUGACAUUUAACAAAUAUGGCAUCAUUUGUUUAUGCCGUUUGGAGCAUAACCAAUGUGGCCUCGGUCCAUUGUGCUGCUCGCCCGGAAAUUUCACCCUGCACCUGUGAGCCCACCUAUACCCAUAAUCAUGUUGAACUGCUUUGCGAAAAAGUCGACUCAUUCCAUACCAUCGUUGAUGCUCUGUCUAAUAAAUUUGAUCCGAAUAUUAAUGUGAGCCUAAAAAUAUCCCAUUCUCAGCUGGAGGACUUGGAGAUGCGAUCGUUUAUGGAUAUGAAAAUCAAUGUGAUAAAACUUCGAAUGCAAUGGAAUGAUUUAAAAUCUGUACCUGAACUGCCAUUUCGAGGGUUAUCAAAUGUUGAGUAUUUGGGUAUAGGCGAUAAUGAACUCGAGGAGGUGCCAAAGCAUAUGCUGAAUCAUAUGCCAAUAGUGAAAACGCUCGAUAUUGGAAGGUGUCGCAUACGAUCUGUGCUACAGGAUGAUUUCAAGGGCAUACAAUUGCUGACGAAUCUCUUUAUGCCCAGCAACAACAUAACGCGACUCGAUCGAAACUGCUUUCCGCCUGGCCUAGUGACCCUUCAUUUGGGACGCAACUCCAUCGAGAAUCUAAACGGCACUCUAAGGAAUCUCAAUAAGUUGGAAUCGCUGUUUAUCAACAUGAAUCGCAUCGUCAGCUUGGAUAGCCAGUUGCCCGAGUCAAAUCGACUUAAGCUAAUCAUUGCUCAAAAUAAUAGCCUCGAAAGUUUACCGGAGAGCAUGCGCAAUAUGAAUAGAUUAGAAACACUCUAUGUCCAGCAUAAUCGAAUCAAGACCUUAGAUCGAAUACUAAAGAAUGCCUACAAUCUCAACGAGCUGUAUGCCUCGAACAAUCGACUUUACUUGUUGGCCAGUGAUGAGUUCCAAUUUGCCACCAAGUUGGAGGAAUUGUAUUUGUGCAGCAAUGAAAUAACAUCAUUGAAUAGUUCGCUGUUGCCUUUGAAAAAGCUGUACAAGGCGAACUUUUCAUUUAAUGCCAUCGAAGAGUUUUCCAUGGAUGAAAUUAGGGGACUCCUGACUUUGAAACAAUUGGACUUGUCGCAUAAUCGUAUACGCAAAUUGUCAGGAAGCCAGGAAAAUAAUAUCGACAAGAACUCAUACUUGAUUGAUUUCUAUUUGGAUUAUAAUGAAUUAACUUCGCUGGAUGGAGCACUCAUGGGUUUGAAUAGUUUGCGAAUUUUGGGUUUGACGCACAACCGCUUGCAGCGCAUACUGCCGGAAGACUUUAUAGGUCUAGAGAAAUUGGAGAUAUUGGAAUUGUCACAUAAUCAUCUGCUGACAUUGAGAGAAAUGCAAACUACAGUGCUUCCAAGUUUGAAAAUUCUCAAAGUAGACUUUAACAAUUUGACAGUGCUCGACAAGGACUUCCAUGGCCUACCAGUCUUGUGUCAAGCCAAUUUGACACACAAUCAGAUCACUUCCAUCUCCCGUGAGCUGGUGGCCAAAACCAAUUGCGCCAACCACAAUGUGCCUGGCAAAUUGGAAUUACAUCUCGAAGACAAUCCACUCAAGUGCAAUAAGUUGUUGGAUGAAUACUGUCCCUUGAUGCAAAAUACUGAGAAACGCUUAAGGCUACGCACCAAGUGCUUCGAAGCCUACGAAGAACUCUGUAAGAGCCGCCAAUAUAUUUUGAUGCUACCUCCUAGUGUGGAUCUUAGCCAACAACAGGUGAUACCUGUUAUAGUGCCCUCGACGGAAUUAUUGAAAAAGGCUGACAACCUUUUGCCACCACUAUUUGCCCCACUGGGAGGAGGUGGGGCCAAUAUUCAGCCUCUGAUAAUAGCACCAGCUAUCAAGAUUAUUGAAGCCCCCGUAUUGUCAUUGCCUAGUACAACAACAGCUACUACUUCAACAAGUACCACAUCGACUUCGACAACGACCACAACCACUACCACUACUACGACUCCCUCUCCAGUUGAACCUUUGCUAACAGUCACGCCUUUGCAGCAGCUUGAGUCUGCGGACAAGUUAAGUGAGACCAACGAAAAUGAAACCUCAAACAAUAAACCUGCAGACACAAGCAACAUACAAACCGUUACGGAAAACCUCAUAGCUGAGACAACUACUAAUUUAUCAGUUCGUAAUGCUAGUGCUGGUGAAGCAGAUUCCGAACAGGUGAUUGUGGUGCCGGAUGACAUAGUGGACCCGGUACAGAAACCGGCAAUCCUGGUGGUCAAUAUCGAUGAUGAAGCCACCUCCAAUGUGGCAUCGAAUCCUGUGGUGGAAUCUGAAUACGCAACAGUAGAGUAUAUUCCCACUGCAGAGAAGCCCAGUCCCCAUGUGAUGGAGAUAGAACAGCAGCCACAACAUCCGCCGGCGGAUGUUCUCAUUGAUGAGGAUUCCAAAUCGAAUGCAAUACACGAAGAUUAUCAUGCGAAAGUUUUGGCCGAUUAUGGCACAGCACCGCAGAAUCUACUACAACCGGACGAGCCGCCCGAAAAUCCUUAAAAUCUAUUCAAUAAAUUAUCUAAUUAAUAUCAUUAUUAAUUAUACACAUUGUUUAUUGUACGAAUAUAUUGUAUUUUAAUUAACAAACACUUUAGUUAAUAACGCCUGUCUAAUCAUAGAACUUGAGAGUUUGGAACCUAUCUUCAUCCCAUCCCUCACUUAUGUCACAAUUGUAUUUUGCAUUCCUCAGGAAAGCUAGCGGCCCUUCCUUGCCUCUCACUGGCAGUCGGUGAUGUAUCGAUUGAUCAAAAUCUAUAUCCCCUAGAAUCCCGCUCGCUACUACAAUGUUGGAAUCUGCACAUACCAUCAUCACCUUGACUACCCAGCAUACAUCCUACCUAACUAAAUACCUACCAUAAGCAUGCAUUUGAUUAAGAGACUCUACAUAUUUAAAAGAAGAUUCUUAAUGCUAACGUGGCCUCUUAAUUGUUCGCCUUUAAGUUUAGUUUAGUCGCUUUUUUUUAUAAUUAAUAUUAACAAAAUUUUGAUUUGUUAUCUACUUGCGCUAGCAUCGGUAUAUAGAAAUACAUCAAAAAAAAAGAAACCCCAAACUCGUAUAGUUUGUAGUAAAUUGUUAAGAUAUGCGUACACACAUACCUACUGUACAUAGAUUAGGAAUGAUUAUUUUGAAUUAAACUUAGCCAUCGAUAAUUGAAAA